AUGUUCACUGAGGACCAACUGGAAGCCUUGGAAUUCUUGUUCAGUCAGAACCCGUACCCCCCUCCCAACCUUCAAAAGGAGAUGGCCUCGAAACUGGACAUGCAUCCAACAGUGCUGCAGGUCUGGUUCAAGAACCACAGAGCAAAACUCAAGAAAGCCCAGUGCAGGCAUAUGCAGCAAAAACAAGAACCAGAGCAAUUCGCUGGGGUGGACCUCAAGACCAGUUCUUCCCAGAGAAAUAUGGAGGCACUUCCAGGAUCCUCUAACGGCACCUACCCUACCUCCCUGGUUUACACAGAACAUCCAAUACCUUCCUUCCAACUCCGCAUAUGCCCCAAUUUGAAGGCUCUCCCUGGCCAUUCUGUUGGCCACACAAUAGUCCACUUUGGCUGCUGCCAAGAUCCUAACAUCUACUCCCUUUGUCCCAUUUAG